AGCUUAACUAACGAAAUCGGAUCAGAGCUCUACUCUCUCUUUCUGGGUAUUCGUGGGUUUUACCCAGAUUUCGAAAUCGAAUGGCGGAUGAACUGGAAUUGUCGCCGUUGGUUCCACCGUCGCCGAUGGUGGAGCCUUCCGAGAUCGAUCUCGAAGCAGGAGGACCUGGUGAACAAAUUCAGUGCCGAAUCUGCCUUGAAACUGAUGGUAGGGAUUUCAUUGCCCCAUGCAAAUGCAAAGGAACAUCAAAGUAUGUACAUCGUGAUUGCUUGGAUCAUUGGAGAGCUAUAAAGGAAGGUUUUGCGUUUGCGCACUGCACAACUUGUAAGGCUCCAUAUUAUCUGAGAGUUCAUAGUGCUGGAGAUAGGAAAUGGCGGACAUUGAAGUUUCGCUUCUUUGUUACUCGAGACAUUUUAUCCAUAUUUCUUGCUGUUCAGCUUGUGAUUGCUGCAUUGGCCUACAUUGUCUAUUUCAUAGAUAGUUACCAGCAAGCAUGGCUUCGUCAUAUUUGGGGUUUUGAUAGUGAGGUCACGUUUUAUUACAUGUGUGGAGCUUUAUUAUUCUUUGCUCUGCUGGGUCUAUCUGGAUGUGUCAUAACCUGCUACGAUCGAAGAGUUCGCAGUGACUUAGCACAGCCUUGCCGUGAAUUGUGUCUCUGUUGCUGUCAGCCUGGGAUAUGCACAGACUGCCAUCUACCAGGAACUAUUUGUAUGUGGGCAGAUUGCACCGCAUGUACUGAAGGCUGUGCAAGUGCAGUUAGUGAGUGUGGAGGUUGCCUUGGAGGUGCAGGGGAAGCCGGAUUGCCAUUACUCUUCAUAACGGCAUUAGUAAUUCUCGGUUUAUUUACAGUUAUCGGUAUAUUCUAUAGCGUAUUAGUUGCAACCAUGGUUGGACAACGCAUUUGGCAGCGCCAUUACCACAUUCUCGCCAAAAGAAUGCUAACAAAGGAGUAUGUGGUCGAGGAUGUAGAUGGGGAAAUGACGGGUUCAGAAUGGUCUCCCCCGGCUUUACCAACUGAGCAUGUCCAGCAGCUGAAGACACUUGGCCUUCUGUGAAAACUAUAUGGCUUGUGAUUGAAACUAUGGGAGAUUUUUUAACUGCACGCAGGAAAUUCCAUUUGACAAGUGGUGAGAGAGAACUCGCAGUUUAAAGAUUCUGAAUGACGAAAUCUAAUAGAUGUCUUGUAUUUGU